AUGGCAACUGCGGGUGAUAUCGAAAUUUUAAAUCAUCCUUUAUUGCCUAAAGUGAAGAAUGAGCAGCUAUCAAUUCCAAUUGAAGAAAUGAUAGCCAAGUUUGACAGAAGUAGUGAGCAUGUGUGGCGUCCGUAUCAGGAGCUAAUUUGUAUACGCAGAGUGCACGAAAAGCUUCACAAGAUGACGGAUCCUAGUUCAUAUGCUCCAUUACUGGUAUCUAUUGGUCCCUUUCACAGGGGAAAAGAAUCACUUAAAGAAAUGGAAGAAUGCAAGCUGCACUAUAUGAGUAACGUUCUAAAUCGAACAAGAGAAGAGCAUAAUUUUGAUUCAAUACAAAGGGUAUUCAAGAAUUGCGUUGAAUCUAUUGGGAAGAUGGAAGAAAAAAUUCGCCAGAGCUACUCGGAACCAAUCAACCUCGAAAGCAAGGAAUUUAUAGAAAUGAUGGUGGUCGACGGUUUGUUCAUCAUCGGAAUCUUCCAAGCAUUAACAGGAACGAAGCUGAUAGACGACAAAUUUUUAUUUCAUAAUAUAUGGGCCAAGAAUACGCUUCUCUGGGAUCUCUUGCUCAUGGAAAAUCAAAUUCCUAUGUUUGUUCUCGAACGCUUAUUCAACUUAACUGCAGAAAAGAAGAAAUCGAAGGGAGUGACCUUUCAAGGGACUGCACUGAACUUGUUCAAAGACAAUAUUGAGUUGCCGAGAAAAAUCAAUACCGUAACUAAGUUACAACAAGGAAGUCUUGGUGAAGGUAAUAAGAAUUUACUCGAACUAGUAGCUAAAUCAAUGCACCCUGAUCCUCAUCCCAAUAACGAAAUGCAUGUUGUUCAAAUCCAUUCUUCACCCUUCUCAAUGUUCACAGAGCUGACCACAAUGCUUAAAAAUGCGUUACUGCAAGUUUUCAAGUACAUCAUCAUAUUUCUGAGCCCUACACGCAGUAGUUGUCAUAAAUUAUCAGGAAGUAUAAUUCCAAGUGCGACGGAGUUGGCACGAGCAGGAGUUAUUUUCGAAAUAGGCCCCAAUGAUGGUAGUUUCCUAGAUGUUAAAUUUGUCGACGGAGUGAUAUCAAUCCCUCGUCUUGUAGUCGGCAUAAAUACUGGACGUUUUUUUAGAAAUCUCAUUGCUUCUGAGCAGUACUUUGAUCAAAAUGGAUCUCCAUAUUACAUGACCUCAUAUGCCAUAUUCAUGGAUAACCUGGUAAGUUCUGCUGCAGAUGUCACUUUACUUCGUAAUCAGGGAAUCAUUACACAUACUUUGGGUACCGACGACGAUGUCUGCAACAUCUUCAAUAAGCUUUGUUGUGACAUAUAUUUGAAAGACGACUAUUAUGCUGAUAUACAUAAGAGAGUGAACAUAUAUUACUGUGACCGUUGGAAUUUCUGCAAAGCGACAUUGAGUAGCAAAUAUUUUGAUAAUCCAUGGUCUGGUAUUUCUCUGGCCGCUGGAUCUUUAUUUCUCAUUCUUUCUCUUAUAGCGGUCAUAAUAAGAUUGCUUGAGUAUAUCAAACCUAUAAAGGCAGCCUGA